AUGUCCUCAGGGCCGAACGAAAAAGAUCUAAUGGAGGUUUUGAAUGCCGAGAUACAACAUUUCAGGGACAGCGAUCAUCGUCGAGAAAAGCUCCUGACCAGACUUGUGACCGAGUAUGGAAAGCUAGAAGCACUUUAUCUGGAAAAAUGCAACGAUUACGAGCAGGAGCGCAAGUCGCUGGCUAUGUGGCAGCGAGAAAAUCGCAGCCUGGAGGCCGAGUUGAAUCAACUUAAACUCUCGAAUGAAUCUAAUCCGAUAGCUUUUGUUAUUAUUGACGGCGAUGGUGCCAUUUUUCGUGACGAGCUCUUGGCCCGGGGCGCCGAAGGUGGAACAGAUUGCGCGUUUGAACUUUUGACCCAGAUUCGCAAACACAUCAAAACCAUCCAUCCUGAAACGUCGAUCGACAAUUUGAAUAUCAUGGUUCAGGUUAUUGUCAACUUUGAGGGUUUAGCCAAGACGCUUCAUGCGUCUGGUAUACUUGAAGAUGGAUUCAAACAGUUGACUGCCUUUGCCCAUGCGUUUGGUCAGGCCCAAUCACUAUUUUCGUUUAUUGAUGUUGGUCCCGGCAAGGAACGAACGGACCAUAAAAUCCGUGAGACUUUGCGUGUUAUGUCUCGUCUCUCCCAAUGCAAGCACGUGAUCUUUGGACCAUGCCAUGAUAAUGGUUACUUGCCUGUUCUUGAACCAUACAAGCAGGACCCUAUCGUCGGUCCCAAGCUUUCACUGCUGGAGGCCUCUCCAGCCACGCCUGGUUUCAUCCGCUUGGGCCUACCUCUCGCCAGGUUUCCUACCGUCUUUCGCCCGGAGCUCAUCACCAAGCCUAACAUCCAAAUAUCAACGACGGGCUUAUCUGUUCGAAACACCGGCAUCCCUGGAUUUGGUAACUCGGCCUCGAGUCCAGCCUCGAUAUUUUCCUUCAUGUCGCCAGGGGCCCAACCAGGCUCUGCUGUCCGCGACAGGCUCGGCAGCAUUGCUUCCAUGCAGCCGUUUCCUCCAGCACCCUCGACCUCGUCACCACCCCAGUCGGUGUCUUCAACCUCCCCAGCCCCAACUGCUCCUUCAAGCUACGCAAGCGUGGGGACGGCCGCCUCGGCGACGGCGCCACUCACUAUCGACAUUGCACCCAAAAAGACAGCUUCUGCCUCUCUCAAGUACUAUUAUGUAAACGCCUCGUCCGAGCGCCUCGACGAGGAACUGCCUCGUCACAACCCCGUCGCCUACAAAUCAUAUAACGACAAGAAGGCCGCCAACGGCCGCAACUUUUGCAAUCGUUACCACCUGGCAGGGUACUGCGAGGAAGAGGAGCACUGCAAGUACGAGCACGGUCCGCGCCUCAAAGGUCAGGAGCUGCUGGUCCAGAAACACCGAGCCCGUGGCACGUACUGCGACAAUGGCAUCGGUUGCGAGGAUUUUGAUUGCUACUACGCGCACCACUGCCGAUUCGGCCGCGCCUGCGGCAUCGGUGAUGCUUGCAAGUUCAACGAUACCCACCACAUGGAUCUUACCCCAGUAGCGAAAAUAUAUGAGAACGGCACCAAAGAGCGUCUGAUCAGGUAG